UAAACACACCAAACCAUUUCCAAACCCUAGUGGGGCGGGAACUACGCUUCUCUUCACACUCUCUCUCUAUCUGAGCUUUCUAUAUUUAUAUAGAGAUCUACAGGAUUAUUCCACUCCGGCGAUAUGAUUCAGGCGAAAAUCUGAGUUUUCAUUUCAAAACAUUAUUUCCAAUUGGAUAAUUUUCCUUGGAUUUUGAUAUUCUUUCGUUAUUUCUGGUUGUGUUUUACUGGUGUCACGUGCUGCAUGAUCAUCGGUGAUGGCUUCGGCUUGCGUGAACAACGUCGGAGUUUCGCCGGAGACUUUUCUCGACUGUCCUCCGACGUUCCCGGCGUACGGCUGGUUGAGUCCUAGAAUUUCUUUCAGCCGUGAUUUCCCCGAAGAGGAUCCGAAUGCGAAGACGUCCUCAACAGCUGAACAACAGAAGUCUACGGAGAAACAAGAUCCCGAAGUUUACGGCAAGGAUUUUGGAGAUUUUGAGUUCAGGCUUGAAGAUCCGGUGACAAUGCUUCCGGCGGACGAGCUCUUCUCCGAUGGGAAGCUUGUGCCUCUGCAACUUACCACGGUUCGUCCUUCUGUUGAUUCGACCGCGGCAACGUCGACUUCGGAGGAGAUAAGGUCACCAGAGGAGAUGAAAUCGCGCCGGAGAGCUGAGGUGUCCGGGACAGAUCCGUACUUAUUCUCCCCUAAGGCGCCGAGAUGUUCGAGUAGAUGGAGAGAGCUUCUAGGGUUGAAGAAGCUGCAGAGCAAUCACGCUAAGCAGGAUUUGAAGAAGUCUGAUUCGUCUUUCUCUUCGAAGAAUAUUAACCCCAAGACAUUGAAGCAUUUCCUCCACAGGAGCUCGAAAUCGUCUUCAGCGGGGGCAGAUUCUACGUUGAGCCUUCCGUUGCUGAGGGAUUCUGAUUCGGAGUCCGUUUCGAUUUCUUCCCGCCUUUCUCUUUCUUCUUCAUCUUCUUCUGGCCCUGACCAUGAAGAUCUCCCGAGGCUUUCCCUUGAUUCGGAUAAACCGAAUCCGAGCCAAACAUUUUCUCUGGGCAGGAACCCACCAAGGCUUAAACUAAGGAAGCCAGCAACGGCUAGAACUGCCACAGCAACUGCAAGCGAGAACGUUAGGCCUUUUGCGGCUGAACGUCCUAAGGUGAGAGUCGGACGGAGCCCGAUUCGUAGAGCACCUGAUUCAACUACUACUCCUUCUAGAGGGGCCUCUGUCGACAGUCCUCGGAUGAACUCUUCUGGAAAAAUCGUGUUCCAGAGCUUAGAGAGGAGCUCGAGCAGUCCGAGCAGCUUCAAUGGUGGCCCGAGGAUUAAACACAGAGGAAUGGAGAGAUCUUAUUCUGCAAAUGUCAGAGUUACCCCUGUUCUAAACGUUCCGGUUUGUUCGCUUCGAGGAUCGUCGAAAUCUGGUUCGGUCUUCGGCUUCGGACAGUUAUUUUCUUCUCCUCAUAAGAAGGAUGGAACAUCCAGCAAGGGCCACACAACCAGAAAUCGAACUGAUCGGAAUUGAUUUGGUUUCAGUGUAUUUUGGUAACAUUUUGAAAAAUUUUAACUUCCGCUUCCCUCUCACCCCCUCACCGUUCUAUGGUUCUUCCAUUGUGCGGGGUAUUAUUCGCUUACAGAUUUUAGAUGUAUAUAUGCGGGCCCUUCUGUCUAAUGUAGGAUUUCUUCCACCCUGCUAAGGGUUGGAAUGCUGUUCCUCUAAUUUCUUUUUCUUACGCUCUGUUUUUGCUGGUUAUUGUAAUCUCUUCUUAGAAAAGGACUGACCUAUUACUGUGUCAGUCAUUAAGAGAUUUGUUCCAGUUGACAAGAUCAUUUUUAUUGUAAGUUUGCUGAUUCGCUUUUGUGUAUUUUGUUAUAUCCGUUGGGAAUUUCACAUUGUUGCGCUUCUUCGUCCA